UUAUUUAUCUGUUGGGACUCUGAGGAUGAUGUCGUCAUUUCUAGCAGACAAUAAAGGGCGGCUGCAUAAACAGCCCAGCAUCACCUGAGCUCAGGGAUUUCUGCAGUAAGCAGCUUAGAGUUGAGAAUAGUAACAAUAAGAAGUGGAGCAGUCUGAGACGUGCAGACGGCAUGAGCCACAGGACAAGCAGCAGCUGACUCCAGGCUCUGCAGGAGCAGAACGAACAUCACCCACAGCGUUGGUGUCCCAGAUUUAAGAAUGAGCAAAAGAGGGAGGAGGAGGAGCAGCAGGAGGAGGAAGAGCUCCACCAGCAGCAAACAGAGCCUGUCUCCAUACAUCUUCAAAAAGCAGAGCAACAGCAUCUGCUACUCAGAUGAUGUGGUUGAAAAGGGAGAAACGGACUCUCUGGGAAAGGAGAACAUUCCUCUGGGAUUCGAGGAAAAGGAAGCGGACAGCAGCGCCCCUCCCGAGGGGAAAAGGUUCAAACAAGGCUGUGGCUGGACUUUGUUUCCAGGCUGUGAGAGAGUUCACUCAGAAACCGUGAGGCUGGAGGAGGCGGCGGUGAAGAUAGUAACAUCUGUGUCUGUCUCGGAUUUGGGGAAUCCCUCCUCCAAGGUCACGUUCCUGCAGUCCCACCAGCCCUCAGGGGAAGACUCCUCCCAUGAGGUCACCAACACCUUCAGGGUCCACAGCAGCGGGGUACACGUGACCCUGGAAAUUCAGGAAAGGUUUCAGCUGGGUCCACGAAUCCCAGAAUCCUCUCUGGUGCCGGUGAACGAGAACAGAGCUGACGUGCCAACGACGUGGUCUACCGUGCCUGACAACGAGUCAUGUGACGGCAGGUGGCAGCAGAGCAUCAGAGUGACCCCCCCCUCCUACACGUUCACAGUGACAGACACCUGCACAGACAUGGGGGUCUCCUGCAGUCCGGAGGAGUGUCCCUGCUGCAGACAUUACCUUCAGCAGCACCGCCCUGCAGACCUCAUGCUCCUCACAAACACCCACCCAAAGACCAGAGAGAGCCUCAGCCCGGACCAGCUCUGGGACAUCCCGCCACCACCACAGUUUGCAGACGCCUCCUACGGCAGCUUGGAGGACCUGACAGGAGAACUGGCGUCCUUCAGGAUCGCCACUCACAGUCCUGUGCUGAAGCAAAGGCCGUUCCGCCCCCCCCGCAGUACCCCGCCUCAGGUGGAGGAGGGCGGAGAUCAGGGCUCCUCCUCAGCUCAGCUGUCAGAGUCUGAGAACUACGAUUCCCUGUUCCCUAGAACGUCCCUGUCCACCAACAGGUCCAGCUUCACCACAGACUUCAUCUGCUGUCAGAGGCGCAGGUCCUGGGUGAGAAACAACAGCAUCGCCACGGUGGAGCACAGAUUCUGCUCCCUUCUGCAGCAGAGGCGCCAGACCUUUCCUGGGGUGUCGCAGAGCCCCUGUUUGACUCAGGAGGAGUUCCUGCAGCCCCUCGGUGAGUCCUUCUCCUCCUUGAUCAUGACCUCUCUUCCUUACCUUACCUCACCAAGAAAAUGGAGCGGCAGGCCUUCAAAAACCAGAGAAAACCUGAAGCUUUUCUCAGAAAACCCAGAUGGGCUUGAACAUGGGGGGCUCCUCCUCAGUCCGUUCCAAACAAGGACCUGGGAUGGAGAUUCCGACACCUUCAGUCAGCAAAAUAAAAGGAGCAUCCUGACUGUUUAUAUGGAAGCGGACAGUCUUCCAGACGAAGCUGCAGACCAAGAAACCAAGUGUGAGAACCACAAUCAAAGUGGGCUUGCCAUCCAAGUUACUCCUCCAUCCUGCAGUGGCUCAGAAGAGCAGAUGCUGGACAAUCAGCCUGCCGUAAACCCAGAAAUUCCAGAUUCCACUUCAGAAGAACAUUCCUCAGUCCAGACAGAAACCAAUGGAGAUCAUCACGACAGCUUCCAGCUCCCAGACUCCGGGCUGUUACCAGGAAGCUGCACUCUAGAGUCUCCUCAAACUGCUUUGGAAGUCACAGAGGUGACCUCUUCAAAUGGGAAUGAGAUCCCGGCUGAGGGAUCAGACAGCAGACUAUCUGAGAAGCUGCAGGAGGAUCCCGGCGGAGCAGAAGGCCCAAACAAAGCUCUAGACAAACCCCGAAAGCAGCUGUCCAUCAAAGUUGACACGGCAAACCGCGCACGCACUCUGCACAGAUCUUCUUCUGAGAGCAAAGAGCAUCUGAAGCCUCUGCCUCACAAAGACAGAGACACGUCCGAUCACUGGGCCAAGAGGAGGAAACUCUUCAAAGAGAGCAAGCAGUGGAGCUCUGCAGGAGGGAGCUCCAUCACCAGUGACAUCACCGAGGAGUCUGUCUCUGAGGACGCUCACUCAGCAGACCUGGCUCUGCAGGAGCACGAGGACCGGGGCUUCUACACGGAGACCUUCCACUCUUCAACAUGGAUAUUCUGGGGAGAUGAUGCCAGCUCGGAAACCAGCCGUGCCAACCUCAGCACCAGAACUCGGCCCAUCUCCAUUCGAGAGCGGACAGUCAGGAUCAACAAAGGCAGCGGCGAGUAUCCCUGGGGAUUUCGGAUUCAGUUCUCCAAACCGAUUGUUGUGACGGAGGUGGACACCAAUGGAGCUGCUGAGGAGGCGGGCCUGAUGGUUGGAGACUACGUCCUUGCGGUCAAUGGAGUUGAUGUCACCAGCAUCCCUCACUCUGAAGCUGCUAACUUAGCCAGACAAGGUCCAGAUGUUCUCACGUUGACUAUCGGAUCGGACAUCGCUCGAGGCCCAAACACGCCGAGGCCGCCGUGCCGUGGUUAUCUGCACAAGCGAACACAGUCUGGUCUGAUUAAAGGUUGGAGGAAGAGGUGGUUUGUUCUCACUCACGACUGCUACCUGUACUACUACAAGCACAAACGGGAUGAAGGGAAGAGGCAACCGCUGUCUUCAGUGAAGCUGGAAGGAGCUGAAGUGGGUCCGGAUGAUUCUCUGGGAAAGCCGUUCGUGUUCAAGUGCCGGCCUCAGUCAGGGACUCGAGUGUAUCUUCUGUGUGCCACCUCUAACCAGGAAAUGAAAAGGUGGCUGGAAGCCAUGGAGAGAGCCAUCCUUCCCAUCACUCAGGACCAUGUUUGGGUCGAUGUGACGCGCCACAACUCAAACCUGCCUCCUCUGGCUGUGAAGAGCCCUGACUGUCUGGGGCUGCUGCAUAAAAUGGACAGGAGCAAGGACAUGUGGGUCCAACACUACUGCAUCCUGAAAGAUGCCUGCCUUUACCUCUACAGUGGAAUCCGCGCCACCCACGCACAAGGAGGGCUGUACCUUCAGGGUUACACCGUGCGAGAGCAGCCACAUGGAUCUAAGAAGUCCACCAUUGAGCUGAAGCCUCCAUCGGAUGAAUUUAAGACCUUCUACCUCUGUGCGGAGAAUCCUGCAGAGAAUAAACGAUGGAUGGCUGCGAUCAAAGCAUCAAUAAAGAAGUGGCUGCCCCUACACCAUGCCCUUCAGAACUACAUUAACCCACCCACUGAGGAGACCCGAAUGUGAGAGCGCCGAGAGGGUCUGCAGCAGUCAGACCUCCACCCUCAGUCCAGUGAGGAUCAAAACACAUAUUGAAUCUCACUGUUUCAUCCUCUGAAACUGAAGCUCCUCUUAGAGAUUUCAGUUUCAACAUUUCUCAAGAGAUUUUUUUUUGUAAGUUUGUGAAAUAAAUACAUCAUGUGAAUAUGUUUUAAUUACUUGUACUUGUACAAAAUAAAUAAAAUAAUAAAUAUUUCUCUUUUUUAAGACAUUUUAAUUUGUUUUAAAUGUUUAACUCACUGAUGGUGAUGCUGCUAUGAACUGAAAAGCUGAAACACACAUCAGACUCACAGAGGAGCUUUUCAUCUGAUGUAGACAGAGGAAGUGAGUGUUACCGUCAUGCUCUGCUCAUAUGAAUAAAGUUUUGUUUAAAUGGUUUCCUGUACGAAUGACCUUUAGUGUUACUUUCACUCGGUCAGUCCUCUGCUGGAGUAUUUAGGGAUGAUGAUGGAUGUCCCGCCCCCUCAAUCAGGUUUGGUCUGUUUUCCUCACAACGUUUCCAGGAUAGAACCAAAGAUUGAAGAAAGUAGAGCAGGAGUGUCAAACUCAAUCGCACAGGAGGCCAAAUUCCAAAACAAGGUCACAGGCAGAACAGGAUAAACAUUU